AUGGCAAACAAUGUUGAUUUUAGAGUUGAUCGCGCCAAUGUCGAAAGGUACAAAAUUUACUGUAGAAACACUGAUUGUGGAUUCAGGUUGCAUGCAUCAUACAGGAAGAGAAGUGACUCAUGGGUUAUAGGAUAUAUUUCCCAAGAUCACACAUGUGUUAACACAAAUGUUUCACAAGAUCACCGUAAGCUAAGUUAUGACAUUAUUUGUCAAGAAAUCUUGCCUCUAGUUGAAAAAGAUCCAUCGUUAAAGGUGAAAACGAUAAUCUCUCAUAUCGUUGCAACGUACAACUACACUCCGUCUUAUAGAAAGGCGUGGCUGGCGAAGACCAAAGUGAUCGAAGUUGUGUAUGGAAAUUGGGAGGAUUCGUACAAACGACUCCCACAUUUCUUAUAUGCGCUUCAACUUUAUGCUCCUGGAACUGUUACUAUUUUAGAGACCCUUCCGGCGCAAUCUCCAGACGGAACGUCCCUUCAAGGAAAUGUGAUAUUCCACAGGCUCUUCUGGGCUUUCCGCCCAUGUGUACAAGGAUUUUCAUAUUGCAAACCAAUUCUUCAAAUAGAUGGAACUUGGUUGUACGGAAAAUAUAAAGGCACCAUGUUGAUGGUUGUGGCUCAAGACGGAAAUAGUAACAUCUUUCCUGUUGCUUUCGCUCUUGUGGAAGGAGAAACUGCUGGAGCAAACGGGUGGCUAAACCCUACAUCAACGCAUGUUUACUGUAUUCGACACAUUGCACAAAAUUUCAUGCGGGAGAUAAAGGACAGGGCUCUUCGGAAGACUCUUAUCAAUGCCGGAUAUGCGUUGACUCAACCGACGUUCCAAUAUUAUCGACAUGAAAUUGUAGCGGCAAAUCCAGAUGCAGGCAGAUGGGUAGACAAUCUUGCUAGAGAGAAAUGGACCAGAUCAUACGACAACGGGAAGCGAUGGGGGCACAUGACUACGAAUCUUGUGGAGUCUAUGAACGGGGUGUUUAAGGGCAUCAGACACCUUCCGAUUACUGCCUUGGUGGAAGCAACAUACUAUAGGAUGGCUUCUCUUUUCGCAAGAAGAGGCUUCCAAACACCCCUCAUAUUGUAA